CAGCAAGGGGGGGUAGCUCCCGACGUCUGCCACCCGCACGUGAGCUCGUGAUCGUCACUCAUCUAAUUGAUCGCACGAAAACUAAGUGAAGUUCAACUGCGGUCUACGUCGGGGCUCCAGAACAUAGACAUGCCGUUCGUCAGGCUCAGUGGUCGCAGGGCUUUGUCUCUGGCGCAGUGCGGUCGUGUGCAAAACAGCGUCUGUCCUAGCAGUAGCAAUCGCCUUCUCCAUGCGUUGCCGUCACCAGCACGACAUCGGCCGUCCUUGAAGCUCACUGCCAGUGCCAUCCUCAAUCACCCACCUCAGCUUCAAUCGCGGCCCCGGCUCGUCGCUCCCUACGUAUCGCAGAGCGAUGGUAAACCGCCCAGCACGGCAAGCAAGAUCGUCGCGAAGCUGCCCACGAUACCACCGACCCUGCGCGAAGACAUCCGUACCCUCCCGAACCUGCUGACGCUCUCGCGCCUCGUGGCCGCGCCGUUUGUGGGCUAUUUUAUCCUCCACGACCAACAUGCCUGGGCCUUGGGCUUGUUCGCGUACGCCGGUGUGACGGAUUUGCUGGACGGGUGGAUCGCGAGGCGAUGGAAGCAGCAGACCGUUGUCGGGACUGUGAUUGAUCCGAUGGCAGACAAGGCGUUGAUGACAAUCCUCACUGUGUGCCUCGCCGCUCAGGGUUCUCUCCCGGUGUGGCUCGCAACAAUCAUCCUAGGCCGCGACGUGGGCCUCGCCAUCUCCGCCAUCUACUACCGCUGGAUCUCCCUCCCACCGCCAAAGACCUUUGCGCGGUACUGGGACUUUUCCUUGCCCUCGGCCGAAGUACACCCCACGACCAUCAGCAAGUACAACACGUUCCUCCAGCUCGUCCUCAUCGGCCUGACGACGGCCGCGCCGGUGUUCAGCUAUGACCUGUCGACGCCCUUGACAGUCAUGCAAUAUGUUGUCGCCACCACCACGAUUUGGAGCGGCGCCAGCUACAUUUACACCAAGGAUGCGGUCAAGAUUCUUGCACCGCCGAAGACCCCGCCUCCAAAGGUAUAAAGCAACAUGACCGCAGCCUCGUGGGGAGUAAAAAUGCAGUUCAUCCAUCAGGUGCGGUCCAUCAGUGUACGUAACAAAACAUGUGUAAAAGGGGCGUUACGGAAGGUGGGCAAAACUUUGUAAAAUUAAAUGUACACGCACAAAGGGA